AGCCAUCUCCUUCCCCCAUCUUUCCUUCUCCCUCCACUCUUUAAUUCUCUUUUCUCUUUGCUUUCUUGGCCUCUGGUAUUCCCUUAGUGUGAUUCUCCACCUUAUUUUUCCUAAAGAACCCAUCAACCUUUAUAAAAGAAAAAGAGAUAACAAAAGAUUAACCAUGGUUUUCUCAUCUGUUCCAGUCUAUUUAGAUCCUCCCAACUGGCACCAGCAGCAUAAUCAUCAACAAGGAACUGGUAGUGAAAAUCCUCAGCUUCCACCUCUUCCUCCACCUCCUCAUGUUGGAGCUGGUACUGGCUCCAUUAGGCCUGGUUCGAUGGCUGAUCGAACCAGGCUAGCCAAGAUUCCACAACCAGAGGCAGCCCUGAAAUGUCCAAGGUGUGAUUCCACCAAUACCAAAUUUUGCUACUUCAAUAACUAUAGCCUCUCACAGCCUCGCCACUUUUGCAAGACGUGUCGGCGGUAUUGGACCAGAGGAGGUGCCCUUAGAAAUGUUCCAGUAGGGGGAGGAUGCCGAAGAAACAAGAAAAACAAAAGCAGCAGCUCAAAAUCACUUGCUUCUGCUGAGAAGCAAGUUGGUUCAAAUUCAACAAAUGCUGUUAUUCCUUCUGAAAUCACUGUUCAUUUGCCACAUCAAACACCUUAUUUACCCUUCAUGGCUUCUUUGCAAAAUUUCUCUCAGUAUGGUUUGGGAAAUAUUGGGUUAAACUUUGGUGGAAUUCAAGGUCAGAUAGGGGCAACAAGUGGCGCUAGUGGGCAAGCUGAUAUGGGUUUUCAGAUAGGAACUAACUCAGGCAUGAGCAGUGCUAUUUUAUCUGCAGGAUCAGGACCUCAUCAGCAGUUCCCUCUCAUUGAGUCGAUAAAUGGUUUAUAUCCAUUUCAAAGUGAGGGUAUUGAAGCAUCAUCUUCUAUGGUGGGAGAAAGCCAACUUCUUCGUUCCUUGAGUUCAAGCUCUAGGGUUUCUCAGCUAGCUCCAGUGAAAAUGGAAAACAACCAAGGGCUAAAUCUAUCAAGAUCACUGUUGGGUGUUUCAGAGAAUAACCAGUACUGGGGAUCAGGAAAUAGUUGGACAGAUUUACCAGGUCACAACUCUUCUAGUACUAAUAAUCUCUUAUAGAUAGUUUUAAUCUUUCUUGAUAGACAGCAGCUUAAAGCUGAUCUUGAAGCUUCCGCUGCUUCAUUCCAGUUAUCACAACAGCUUUAAUGACAGAUAGUAGACAUAUAUAAAGUUGCAAUGUUCCUUUGAUCACCUUGACUCCCUCACAAGCUCCAUCGAAAACUAAAUAAUGGGUGGUGAAAUUGCAAGGUUCAGUGAGGAACUUGUCUCAUCAAUCAUCAUCAUCAUCAUCUAUCGCAGACUAAACAAAGAUUGGCAGAAUUGAUGUUGUUUCAUACUAUAUAUUUUUGGGUUUUCUUAAGCUAUGGAUUUGGUUUUUUGUUUGCAUGGGCUUGUUUACAGAUUUGUUCUACGGUUGUGUGUGAAGUUAUGGGAUCUGUUAUCUGACAUAAUCAGCUAAUUUUUCUCUGUGAAAUAUCCUUUAUUGUAACUUCUUUCUCAUGUCUGUUUCUAUUCUUGCAUUACUACUGUUAGUACAAGGUUGCAUCACCACCACGAAGAAUGAAAGAGUCCUUUCUGCAAAUUAUCAUAUCACCCACAUUUCCAAAAAAAAAAAAAAAGUUCAUUAGAAGAAUAAGCAAGAAAAUAUUCUACUAGAGAGUAGUCUCAUGGGCUAAAAAAAAAGGGCUGAGAUUGACACUGUGCUGUGUAAGUUGCAUAAAAUAAUGCUAAAUUUGUGUAUAUGUAUUUUCCUGAUUUUCAAAGAAUCUUCUAUGAAUUCUAGCUGAAUAAAAAGUUGAUGAAGUCAUCUGCAUCUUGUCUUCUCAUCAGCCAAAGAGAACCAAGUGAAAUCUCUCUAGACACAAUAAAUUAACAUGCACUUAUUGUAAAUCCCUACAAUCGAUCUCUUUCUCUCUCAGUCAUGAAUU